ACGUAGCCUUCAUCUCUCGCUCUCUGUUCUUCACACCAAACCGAAAACUUCUGCAACGAAACGCUGUCGUUCUUUAGAUGCAAACCGAACCGAAGGGUACGAAGCUUAAUGCUUAAGGGGCACUAAGCCUGGUCUUUAUGCAAUUAUGCAAAUUCAACACAGAGAGCUAAAUAGAAAAAUGUUUGAGGAGCAGAAUCAACAAUAAUACACAGAGGCACCGUAAUCGCAGCCUCUGUUCCUUCAAUUCAUAGACACGAGUAUUUGGUAGUUACUCUCUUCGGGUUUUGUUGGAACACAAUGCCUCGAUACAAGGAUGAACCUACUGCAAUUCGCGUUUACACAGUCUGCGACGAAUCAAGGUAUUUGAUUGUGAGGAAUGUUCCAGCUUUGGGAUGCAGUGCUGAGCUGUUAAAAUUGUUUGCGUCCUACGGAGAAGUAGAAGAUUGUAAACCAAUGGAUGAAGAAGAUUGUGAGCCAUUCACUGAUGUUUAUUGGAUAAAGUUUCGUCUGGUCAGCAAUGCCAGGUUUGCAAAGAGGAAAUUGGAUGAGUAUGUUUUCCUAGGGAAUCGACUUAAGGUUUCAUAUGCUCCUGAAUUUGAGAGCCUUGCCGAAACAAAGGACAAGCUGGAAGGCAGGACAAGAGAAGUUCUAGGGCGAUUGAACCCUGGAAGAUCUAAGGGGUCUACAGCUAAUAAAUCACCUGCGUUGACUGACUCUUCUUUUGGUGCAAUUCCUUCUCAUCCUAACUGCAUUCCCCAACUUGUAAACUCUAGUCGGAGGGACUCCGGAGAAUCACAACUUACUUCGCAUGUUAACAAUCCUCCUCUUUCAAGGAUUUCCUCUGACAAGGAGUAUUUUGCUUCCCAAUCAAUGAAUCAGACCGUCCAGAUGGUGAGGGAGAAGCUCAAUAAGAUUCAAUCAAGUAGUGAGUACCUGCAAGAUGGACAUGCAUCCAAGAAACCGCGGGUGGACAAUAGGAGGAGAAUCUGAAGAUUAUUUUUCAGAGAUGAAGCAAUCCUGGCGGGUCUAGAAGUUAUAUUUUGGGUCUCACUUCGGCUGUAAUUAAAUUUUUGAGAAAUUUUUCUGAAGGACAGUCAUACCACGGAAUCAUACUGGCGUGGUACGACCCCCCACGCAAAGAAUGUAAGACAGACCCACACAAGUUCUCUUGAUUUACAUGAAUACACCGUUAAUUGCCAUGUAAACUACACUAA